AUGCCGCAGCCACGGUAUGUAUCCUUUGUGUCGCCCUCGAGGUCCUCGGCAACAAAGGCCAAAUAUUCCACGACCCACGCCGCCACGAUGGCUCUGCUUUUCCGGGACGAUAUCGAGCCCAACCUCCGCCACGGCAAUGCGACGGUUCCAGUCGCAGUCCUGCAGGAUGCGCCUGCCGACAUAGCCAUUGGAGUCGAAUUCAAAUUCGUGGUGCCAUUUCUCACGGCCGGCGCGGUUGACCCUUGCCCGGGAGACAGUCGGCCAAUUGCAUACACACUUCACGCCGACUCGCCGGACCGCCUCCAGGACCAAGCCUACCAGUUCAUCGUCGACAUUGUGCAAGCCUGGGCGAAACAACCAGCCAUUUCCAUCAAGGAUGUCAAGGCCAGCAGCUGGCAAGAGAGCGACUUUUGGUCGGACCGCUGGAUUGUCAAGAAAUCCAACUCUGCCGAACCUAGCCCCGAGGAGAGGCUAUUACCCGGUCUCUCCUGGGCCGCGCUUGAGAUCUCGUCGCCCAGGAUGCCCGCCCACGACCUCAGAACACCGGCAGCACUCAGCGCCGUGGUCAGAGCCUUGAGCGCCCACUGCCGUAUCACAGUCAACUACAGCUGCGAGAUGCACACGCAUCUUGGGCGGGUGGACGGCAAGCCGUUCGCCCUUUCGUCGCUCAAGAGCCUCGCUGCCCUGUGCUGGCUGAUGGAGCCGGCUCUACGCCUACUCAAAGACCCGUUGUCCCCCAAUUUCCAACACGCCUACACGUGGUCAUCGCCCCUGCAGGAGAAGAGCCGCCUAGCCACGAUGCUUGCGGAGAAGGAGGGUAAUAAGCCGCAGAAGCAGAAAAGGGACCAUAGGGUCAGCGCUUGCUGCGGAGGAGGGGAGGUCCGCCUACGCAGCAAGGCCCGGGUGAGAACGGAGCCGAAGGUAAUGACGGAGAGGGACAAGGCAGCGCUGAGGGCGAUUAGCAGUGCGGUGGACCACCAAGCCCUAGGGAAGUUGCUUUCGGGUGAGACGAAGCCAUAUCGGAGACUCGGGUUCAACUUCAGCGCGUUUGGGUUGGAGGAUGAGAGGGCAGGCAGGAGCCCGCGCAGCGUGGAAGUACGAUUCCUAGAGGGUUGCUGGGGCGAAAGGGAGGUACUCGGGUGGGCCGAAGUGUGCAUCGCACUCGCCGUUCUUGCCGUCGAAGAGCCCCGCGACCGGUUCGUUAAGGCCCUCACGCGUCUGACGCGGUGCAAUCAACGAUGGGCUCAAAACGAAAGUAGGUUGACCGCCAGAGCUGGGCAACAGCAACAGCAUCAGCAGGGUGAGGAACAGCAGCAGAAGCAGCAACGCCAGCAGCAGCAAGGCGCCGGUGCCGUCCGCCCCGCAGACCAGCUCAAAGCCGUGAUGUCGAUGCUCGGCGUCAGCACCGAGGCGGCCGAGGUGUUUCAGUCCAAAGUGAACGAUAUUCACCGUUGA